GCGGUCACCAUGGAGCUCCUUGUCUACGCAACAUGCGCCAUUCUCGCCGUUUCCUCCCUGUACCUCCUGUGCCUCAUCGCCGGCGGCCGCCGCAACCUGCCUCCGGGCCCCCGCCCGCUGCCUGUCGUCGGCAACCUCCUGGACCUCGGCGCCCACCCGCACCGCUCCCUCGAGCGCCUCGCGGCGCGCCACGGCCCGCUCAUGGCGCUCCGCCUCGGCGCGGUCACCACGGUCGUCGCCUCCUCCGCGGACGCCGCCCGCGACGUCCUCCAGCGCCACGACGCCGCCCUCUCGUCGCGCUCCGUCCCGGACGCCGCCCGCGCGUGCGCGCACGACGAGCACUCCGUGGGCUGGCUCCCGCCGGGGAGCCCCCGGUGGCGCGCCCUGCGCAAGGUGUGCUCCGCGGAGCUCUUCGCGCCGCGCCGCCUCGACGAGCACCAGCCGCUCCGCCGCGACAAGGUGCGGCGGCUCGCGUCCCACGUGGCCCGGCUGUCGCGCGAGGGCGCGCCCGUCGACGUCGGCCGCGCCGCCUUCACGACCGUGCUGAACGUGCUGUCAUGCGCCAUCUUCUCCGCCGAUCUCGCGGACCUCGACGACCGCUAUGCGUCGGGGGCGUUCAAGGGCGUGAUCGAGGAGUUCACGGUGGCCGUCGGAGUGCCGAAUGUGUCGGACUUCUUCCCCGUGUUUGCGCCGCUGGACCCGCAGCGCCUGAGGGCGCGCAUCGGGAGGGUGUUCGACAAGUUGCACGCCAUCUUCGACGAGCAGAUCGAGCGGCGCAUGCAGGAGCGCGCCGCCGGGGAGCCCCCCAAGAACGACUUCCUGGACUUGCUGCUUGACUACCGCGGCGCGGAGGAUGGCCGGGGCUUCGAUCGGCGGACGCUGCUCUCAUUGCUUACGGAUUUGUUCAGUGCCGGCAGUGACACAAGCGCGGCAACGGUGGAGUGGGCAAUGGCCGAGCUGUUACAGAACCCUUCAUCAAUGGCGAAGUCUCGUGACGAGCUCGCACAGGUGAUGGGCGCCAAACAAGAGAUCGAGGAAUCGGACCAUGGGAAGCUCAAGUACCUCCAGGCCGUCGUGAAGGAGACGUUCCGCCUCCACCCUCCCGCGCCGCUCCUGCUGCCCCGCCAGGCCGAGGCGGCGACGGAGGUCCGAGGCUACACGGUGCCCAGGGGUGCGCGCGUCCUGGUGAACGUGUGGGCGAUCGGGCAGGACCCUGAGCUGUGGGCCGAGCCGGAGAAGUUCGUGCCGGAGAGGUUCUUGGAGAAGGAGAUGGACUUCCGCGGCAAGGACUUUGAGCUGCUGCCGUUUGGGUCCGGACGGCGGAUCUGCCCCGGGAUGCCGCUGGCUGAUCGUAUGGUGCAUCUGAUGCUCGCGACCUUGCUGCACCGGUUCGAGUGGAGGCUUCCGGCAGAUGUCGAGAAGAAUGGGGUAGACCUGUCCGCGAAUUUUGGGAUGAUACUUGGGUUGGCUACACCUCUUCAGGCAAUAGCUAAACCAAUUUGAGUCUUUCUAGCCACGCAUUACGGUAGUAUUCAAACACUGACGACCUAGAAUGUAUAAAUUAUGUGCCACAAAAUUGAUGACCAUCAUGCUUGUAUUCGAUGUACUACUUGCUAAUGAGGAAAAAUUAUGGUCAAAGUUUAUUUACGCAAUCA